AUGAAGGCAUUUCUUGCACGAGAUAGAGUUGCCGAGUCGGCGUCUACGUCCGAUGACGAGACCGUAGUCGCCGUCCAAGAUGGGGUCCGGUUGAACGCCGCAGGCCACAGGGAUCAAUUGAAUCGUCAAUAUGGAUUCUUUGGAUUGGCAAGCAUGGCUCUGACAGUGGACAACGCCUGGGUCGCCUUGGGAUCGUCCAUCUCUGUGUCAAUUCUCAACGGUGGCCCACCCGGCAUCAUUUACGGCCUCCUUGUCGCCGUCUUUUACUACUCCCUCAUCGGCUUGAGUUUAUCAGAGCUCGCUUCAUCAGUCCCCACUGCGGGCGGCGUCUACCACUGGGCCACCAUCGCCGGAGGCCCUCGCUGGGGCCGAGUCCUUGGCUUCUUCACCGGCUGGAUCAACUUCUACGGCUGGCUGUUCUCGCUCGCAGCCCUGCUGCAGAUCUCGAGCAAUGUCGCCGUGAGCAUGUACGCCGUUUGGAACUGGGAUACCUACGUCAGCCGGCCCUUCCACGUCUUCAUCGGAUACCUCAUCAUCCUCUGGGGGUGCGCGGGCUUCAUUGUCUUUGCCAACAAGUAUGCUCCGUACACUCAGCAAGCCGGAACAAUUUUUGUAUUGGUAGGUGGCGUCGUCACCAUUAUCGUUCUGGCGGCGAUGCCGAAGCAACACGCGAGCAAUCACUUCGUUUGGGGCUCUUUCGAUGAGAACAACACCACAGGGUGGUCAGGGGGUGUUGCUUUCCUUCUAGGUGUCCUCAACGGCGCUUUCACGAUUGGAACUCCUGACUCGGUCACGCACAUGGCUGAGGAGAUGCCGCAUCCCAAAAAGGACCUCCCAAAGGCAAUCUUAUUGCAGAUAUCCCUGGGCUUCGUCUAUGCCUUCUGCUUCGCCGUCGCGCUGUCAUACGCCAUCACGGACAUUACGGCUCUCCAAGGCGGUUUCAACUCUUUUCCGCUGACCAACAUUUACGUGCAAGCCACUACGAACAGCAAUGGAAUCCGGAGCCCAGGCGCAGCGUUUGGCCUCCUGUUCAUCAUGUUGGGCUGUUUCGCGUACCUACUGGGCGCUUGCACGCGAUAA